AUGGAUGGACAGCCUGUGGAUCCGCAUGCAGGGAAGCUGUUGGCAUAUUUAUUUGAUGAGAGUACAACAGCAGCAGACAGAUUUGCUGCUGCUGCUCCUGUGUCUGCAAGGCUGCAGCAGCAGCAGCAGCAGCAACAGCAGCUUCUACCACGCGGGGCUGGUGGAGGAGGACAGAGAAAGAAGCAGCAGCAGCACCAACAGCAGCAGCAGCAGCACAACAUUAAAUCAGACCCAAGAGGCCCUGCAGGAGUAAAAAAGAAAGAAAUGAUUGCUUUGCCUAAUGCAGCAACAAAGAUAUUCCCUAUUGACCUAACAGGAAUGACUUAUGAUGAUUAUAUUGAUAUUUAUGAACAAUCAAAAACUUUGUGGCAAAAAGUCUUCGAGAAACAUGGAUAUAAACCUACAACUGCAGCAGCAGCAGCAGCAGCAGCAGCAGCAGCAGCAGGAACAGAUGCAGCUGCAGCAGGAACAGAUGCAGCUGCAGCAGCAGCAGCACCGACGGAAGCAGCAGCAUCAGCAACAGCAGAAGCCGCCCCAGCACCAACGGAAACCGCACCAGCAGCAACAGACCCAGCAGCAGCAGCAGCAGCAGCAACAACAACAGAAGCAGCAGCAGCAGCAAUGGACACCGACGAAGCAGCAGCAGCAAGUGUUGCUGCUGAUGCUGUUGGUGCCAGUUCAACAGAUGCUGCAGCAGAUGAUGACUCUGCAGCAGCAGCAGCUGCAGCAGCAGCAGCAGCUGCUGCUGCUGCUGCAGAAGAGGAGGAAAUGCAAGCAGAUGGAGAAGAGGAGACAUUAGCUGCACUGUAUAGACAGGAGGAAGAAGAAGAAGAAAUGAAUAAAAAUAUAAAUAUAAAUAUAAAAGAAGAAAUAAAUAAUGAAUUACCUGCAGAUACACCUGAGGUGCCUAUACACCCUAAUAAUAAUCAGGCAGCAGCAGCAAAUGCUGCUCAUGAGCAGCAGCAGCAGCAGCAGCAGCAGCAACAAGAAGAAAAUAAAAAUAUUCUUCUUGUUAAGACAGAGAUUUAA